AAAGGGCAGAACUUAGCUCUUGAAGUCCAUACUUCGGUCAUAGAUGGUAUCGAAUGGACGUGGAAAGUUUGAUGUUGGUAACAUAUGGUUGAAACCUUUAUUAGAAUAUGAAUGGAACAACAUACUCAAACUUUGAUAAUCAAGAACAUGUUUUGAAAUUAGGCGAAACAUUUGAGAAACAACCCAAAGGCGCUUACCACACGGUGCGAUAUGACUUCAAACCAGCCUCCAUUGACACAGCCUGUGAGGGGGAGCUGGAGGUGGGAAAGGGAGAACAAGUUACUAUCACACUGCCCAAUCUGGAGGGAUCCACUGCCCCUGUAACAGUCUUCAAAGGAUCCAAGAGGCCUUAUAUGAAGGAAUGUAUUCUCAUCGUAAACCACGAUACAGGAGAGUACCGUCUGGAGAAACUCAACAGCAACAUUGCUGUCAAGAAGACCAGGGCUGAAGGAAGCAGUAAGAUCCAGUCUCGUAUAGAGCAGCAGACCAGUCGUUUGAGCCAGCAGAUGAAGACUAGUGGUAAUGGCAGCAGCAGCAAGACCCCAGCAGGCUCCAAGAGCUCUCCUCCCAAAGAGAAGAUGUCCCCUGCCUCCCCCAUGGAUGAUAUUGAGCGAGAGCUAAUGGCGGAGGCGCGGGUCAUGGACCAGAUGAGUAGUGGGGACUCGUCCUCAGACUCCCACAGCUCCUCAUCCUCCAGUAGUGGGGACAGUUCCAGCAGUAGUGACUCUGAGGACGAGUCCCGGCGCCCCCCUCCCCCUGGGGGUCCCCCCACAGGGCCACCACCCCACCAGGGCAUGCCUAUCCUCACCACCGUCACCACCACCACCACCUCCUCCCAACCAUCACCAACUCGCAGUGGAGGACACCUAUUGAGCACACUAAAGAAUGACCUGCAAUUAAGUGAGUCUGGCAGUGAAAGUGACGAUGACUGACCAGUGAGUGACCACUAUAAUGCUGUGGGUGUAUUAGAGAGGUCAGUCUGUGGACCGCUGCACUGACCUCCACAUGGAUGGGUGUCCUUUAGGGUCACAACAGGAUUGGAAUGAGAAGAGGGAAUAUGGAUGUGAUCUUCUUAAUGCCAAACAAGACUGCACCCCUACACCUCCGGAAGCAACACCCCUCAGCACCCCACCAACAUUUCAGUUUAAUGUCUUAAUAGUUCUAUCUGUUAGUGCCUUUUUGACAGACAUGGGCCAAUAUUGUGAUCAAUUCUCUUAUCUACACAUUUGAACUGGAUUAUUUUCACUGUUCAUUUUAGUAUUUACUAGUUACUACUAGCUGGCCAAAGUGAACUGGGAACCAUACUGCUGAUUCGAACAGACGAGGUACUGCUGUUAUCAAGGAUGAGCCACAUUAAUAUCAGUAUGGAUAUUCCCCUGCAUUCGCUCAUUUGGAAAGACUUCAAGCAUCAUAGCGUCAGUGUUUCAUGAGUUGUAGUACUUAGCCUUUCUGCUGUGACUGCUGUGAAAUAAUUACUCUUAAAGUAUAGGGGAUAGGUUGAAGCAGUCUUAUCAUUUAGUUUAUUAGGAAUUAUCUUUAAUGUUACUUUUUUGGUUUAAUAUAUGGCCUAGCAACAUAUCAAGGUAGGGGGUAUUUGAGGAAACUAGUGCACUACUUGAAAUUUAUUGAUUUAGCCUAGUGUGGGGUAAAUGCAACUUAAAGAUUUUGCUCAGUGCUGCUAUGUAAUGUAUUUGAAAGAUGACUUGGCUUUGUAGCUUUAAACCUUCAAUACUUGAAUCUGACUUAUGAUUAUUUAUAUUUUACAUAUUUACUCAGAAAGACCAACAGCUUAAUAUAUUCUAUGGGCGUCAGAGCAAUGGGAGUGUACGUACACUCCUAUAGCCCGAUGCCAGUGAGUCUUACAGCACUGCCUUUCCAUUUACUACUAUCUCUUCUGUUGUUACAGGGGCGCGUCUCAAAAGGGUUUCCUUUAUUCCUUACUGAUUUGAUUCAUCAACUCGUUCUCAAAAUGCAUUGGAGAAGGCUUGAGGAGAGGAAGCUUGGAUCUUCUCCAUUGCGUUUUAAGAAAGAGGCGAUUCAUCAAGGAAUUCAUGAGACGCGUGAGGAAUCCAGGAAAGACUUCUGAGAAAGAGCCCAGGUCAUAUCUCAUAUCCUGCUAUUGCACCAUCUCUGUAAACAGGAAAUUUGUGUUUGUUAGAACAUGUGGUGCGUCGCAAUAAUCUCUCCUUUCUCCCGAAGUGUGCACUUGUUCACGUCCCUUCAUGGAUUUGAAAGGAAAUCACUGGCAUAUGGAAACUCCUCCUAGCCCAUGUCUACAACAAUCCAAUGCCUUUAUAUUUGUGGGGAGUUGUGAACGAGUGCACACUUCAGGAGAAAGGAGAGAUUAUUGGGAUAUAACAACCAUGGCUUGUCUAAUAACAAACUCGGGCCACUGGGAAAGAAUGUGAGAGUGAGGAAACAGCCUUUGAUUCUGACUGGAUAAAUAACGAGAAAUGGUAAUAAAAGUAAUAUGUUUUUACUAUUGGAAGAAUUGUGGAUUCAGUAGGUGGUCAUGAAUAAGCAACUAUUUUGACUAUUCUUUUCUUUGUAGAUAAAUAAAAUGUUCAAUUGUUUGUCA